UAAAAAACCAAGGGAGCAAGAAACUCCCCUAUCUCUCCUCUGGCUUCGGCUGGGCUCCUCCCCACGCGGAGCUUCAUUUGAUCAAAUCUGCCAACGUGAACCGUUUCACCGAAAAUCACUUUCAACAACACAGCAACUGAGUGUAAUCCCACAAGUUCACACGUCUAGUAAGCACCGCAAGAUAAAGAACACCAAAACAUUUCCCGUGUCCCUUCUUUGCUGCUAGCGAUGGAGAGCGGGGUUGGUUUCUGUCCAUCCAAGAACACUGCUCUCUGGAGCUGGCUUCUGAUCUCCACUUCUUUCUAUGUUAUUGCUAAGGCAGAGAUAACUUGCAGAUCGUGUCAGCCCCAGGCGGCCAAACCGCGUCCAGAGGAAUUGUUUUGGCUAAUGAAGACAGACACUGCCGAAACUGUUACUGGAUUUAAAAGGGAGAUUAUAAAGUACCCUGACGGGACAGCCGGGUCUCAUCUUGCGGGCUACAAAACGCAUCUUCAUGACUGCGUUGCAGAAACGUUGAGCUGUGUUUUGGGGAGAGGCAAAAAGAUAAGGUCAUUUAGUAGAAAGAACACAGGGCAGCAACACUUUAUCAAACUGACUCGCUAUGGACUGCCAAAAAACGAGGAUCACAAUAAUGUGGCUGCUGCUGCUGGCGAGAAAGUUUCCAGCCUUACACAGCCUGAGCAGAAGAAACUCGCCGGCAGUAAACGUUCUUUGCCUGUCAUCAGCAACAAAGCGAGUGAGAACCAUCGGUUCAAAAGGUAUAGUCUGAUUAAGGGGAAACAUGGGCUGAAAUCAAUCACUUUGCAGCAGGAGGGAGAAUCAAGUGAUUUUGGAGACAGGGAAGUGCGCAGCGCUUCGCUUGCUAAGCAGAGACUGAGACGCGCUGAACUGCAAUGGCCCGGCGAUGAAGGGAAAGCGACUGACUCCAGGGACAAAGAGUUGAAACUUACCAGCACCACCUUUGCACUGACAGGGGAUUCUGCUCAUAACCAAGCCAUGGUGCACUGGUCAGGACACAACAGCAGUGUGAUUCUCAUCCUUACAAAGCUGUUUGACUUCAACCUGGGAAGUGUCACAGAGAGCUCUUUGUGGAGGUCAACUGACUAUGGAACCACUUAUGAAAAACUUAAUGACAAAGUGGGACUGAAGACCAUUUUGAGCUACUUGUAUGUCAGCCCUAACAACAAGAGAAAGAUAAUGCUGCUGACUGACCCGGAGAUCGAAAGCAGCUUGCUCAUCAGCACAGACGAAGGGGCCACCUAUCAGAAGUAUCGACUGAACUUCUACAUUCUGAGCCUACUGUUUCAUCCCAAGCAGGAAGACUGGAUCCUGGCUUACAGCCACGACCUAAAGUUGUACAGCUCUGUGGAAUUUGGGAGGAGAUGGCAAUUGAUUCAUGAAAGAGUAGCCCCAAACAGAUUCUACUGGUCUGUAUUGGGUUUAGAUAAGGAGUCUGAUCUCAUUCACCUCGAGACAAGUGUUGCAGAAGGACGCGCUCAAUAUAUCACCUGCAAGCUUCAAAACUGUACCGAGGCCAACAAAGGCAGGCCAUUUCCAGGAUAUAUUGACCCCAAUUCCCUGGUUGUUCAGGAUGAGUAUGUGUUUGUUCAGGUGACUACUGGAGGCAGGCCAGUUUAUUAUGUGUCUUAUAGGAGAGAAGGCUUUGCACAGAUGAAGCUACCAAAGUACACUUUGCCAAAGGACAUGCAUGUUAUCAGUGCGGAUGAGAACCGUGUGGUAGCCGCUGUACAGGAGUGGAAUCAGAAUAAUACCUAUAACCUGUAUGUGUCAGAGGCUCGAGGUGUCUUCUUCACUCUGGCCCUGGAGAGUAUGGUGAUCAGCAGAGAAGCUGAGGGGAACAUCAUGAUUGACCUCUAUGAGGUAGCAGGGAUAAACGGAAUGUUCUUGGCGAACAAGCAGCUUGGGAAGCAAGUGAAGACCUACAUCACAUACAAUAAAGGAAGGGACUGGCGUUUGCUGCAGGCUCCUGUCACAGACGCGAGGGGGAAUGACAUCAGCUGCCUGCUGCCAUACUGUUCCCUGCACCUGCACUUACAGGUAUCUGACAAUCCCUAUGCUUCAGGAAAUAUUGCCAGCAAAGAAUCAGCACCCGGAAUUAUAGUGGCUUCAGGUUCCAUAGGUUCUGAGCUGUCACUCAGCAAUGUGAGCAUGUUUAUAACUUCUGAUGCUGGAAACACCUGGAGACAGAUUUUUCAGGAAGAGUACAGUGUUCUUUACCUGGAUCAGGGUGGUGCUCUAGUAGCUAUUAAACACACACCCCUUCCAAUACGCCAUCUUUGGUUGAGUUUCGAUGAAGGCAGGGUAUGGAAUAAGUACAGUUUCACAUCAGUCCCUCUGUUUGUGGACGGGGUGCUGGGAGAACCUGGAGAUGAAACUUUAAUAAUGACAAUAUUUGGACAUGUCAGCCAUCGAUCUGAGUGGCAGCUUGUCAAAAUUGACUUUCGAUCCAUCUUCAAUAGAAGGUGCACAGAGGAGGAGUAUCAGACCUGGCAUCUACACAACCAGGGUGAUCCGUGUAUCAUGGGAAUGAAAAGAAUUUACAGGAAACUAAAACCAACUGCCCGGUGUGUGAUGGGAAGAGACACACCUUUUACAAUGAUGUCUGAACCCUGCCUCUGCACUGAAGCUGACUUUGAGUGUGAUUAUGGAUAUGAGCGGCACGGUGAUGGGAAGUGUUUGCCAGCCUUCUGGUUCAAUCCAUCCUCAAUGUCGAGAAGCUGCAGCACUGGAAACAGUUUUCUCAACAGCACUGGGUACCGGAAGGUGGUGUCCAAUAACUGCACUGCAGGAGUGAAGGAGAUCUACACAGCCAGGAAGCAGCUGUGCCCUCACCGCGCUCCCCGGGGCCUCCAUGUUGUCACUAGCAAUGGCACGCUGACAGCCACAACAGGGAACAAUGUUACCUUCCUCGUCUUUCUGGAAGAGGGAGACAGCUCUCGAACGAGUAUUACGUUGGAUUUUGGAGAUGGCAAUGCUGUGUCCUACUCCAACUUGAGUUCCAUUGAGGAUGGAAUCAAACACGUUUACAAACAUGUGGGGAUUUUUAAAGUGACUGCUAUUGGAGAAAACAGCCUGGGAUCAGACAGUGCUGUCCUCUACUUGCAUGUUACAUGUCAUCUGGAUCGCAUCCACCUCUCUGCCCCUUUUGUAGCUGUAAAGAAUAAAGAGAUCAAUCUAACAGCGGUCUUGUGGCCAAAUCAAGUGGGCACUGUCACAUACAUCUGGUGGUUCGAGAAUAACACUGAGCCAGUAAUAACCCUGGAGGCAAGCAUCUCCUUUACAUUCAUGAGGGAAGGAAUAAACACUGUGACAGUGCAAGUCUCUGCUCGGAAUGAAAUACUGCAAGACAAAAAGACCAUUGCCGUGCAUGAGCACUUCAGGUCUCAACUGCUGGCAUUUUCUUCUAAUCUGGAUGAAUACAACCCUGAUGUUGCUGAAUGGAGGCAGGACGUCAGCAAGGUCGUCAAGAAUUCAUUGGUCCAAGCUACAGGUAUAGCAGAGGAGCAGCUCCUGGUUACAGUCCUGCCAGGUCUUCCAACGGCUGCAGAAUUCUUCCUUUUACCAGAUAAAGAGUUAACAGAGGGGAGAGCAGAGAGGAAUACAGCACACCUAGACCAGCUUUCAGAGAUUCUGCUCAGAGCCCUCAACCAAAACAUAGUGCAGUUCACUCUGCGGGCAGGUGUUCACGUCUCUGUGUACGCUGCUCAUUUAUCAGCAGCUCCUCUUGUGGAUACCGCUGAAGGGCACAGCGGCUCAGCCAUGCUGAUGUUGCUAUCAGUUGUAUUUGUGGGACUAGCCGUCUUUAUCAUUUACAAAUUUAAAAGGAAGAUCCCAGGCAUCAAUGUCUAUGCGCAGAUGCAGAACGAAAAAGAACAGGAAAUGAUUAGUCCAGUGAGUCCCAUUGACAGCACUCCAAUUAACCAGCAAAGGGAAUUGGGGAUUUCAUUGGAUCUACUGGACAAGGAAUUAGACACAGGGGUAAUAGGAUGCAUUCGUUCACAUUCUAACAGGAUCUCACAGGAUAUCCCCAUAUACGUUAAUGUUUGAACUCUGGGAUUCACAGUAUACAUACAGCAGCAUUAUGGACCUUUUAAACUGUUCAGACACAAAAGGUUUGAAGCUUUAAACCUGUGCAUGUGGACAUCGCUGACACAAACUGUGCUCUGUGGAUAUUUGAAGAUACUAUGUACAGGUUUUUGUAUGUCUCUAUAAAAUAGCCCAUUUUUUUGAUGGUAUUUAUUUAUACAAGUACAGUACAUACUUCAUAUGAACAACCAACAAAGCAUGCAUGCACAAGAAAACCUUUUGGUUUGCUAAUGUGGCUUUUCUGUUUAUUUUGCUUUAUUUCAAUUCUAACAGGAGCAAUAUACUAUCUAUUCAUUAAACGUAUAUAUAUAAUAUAUAUAUAUAUAUAUAUAUAUAUAUAUAUAUAUAUAUA